AUGUCUGGUGCUAGCGAGCAAAGAGUCGGUGAGAAACGCAGAAACUUUCUGCCUCAAGGAAAGUAUCUUAAACCAGAGGAGAUUGAAUAUGAGUUUGGCGGUACAGCCGGUGUGCUAGGAAUGUUGAUCGGAUUCCCAUUGCUGAUGUGGUACAUGUGGAUUUGCGCUGAGUUUUACGAUGGGAAGAUCGCUUUGCCACGCGCGGGCGAAAGCUGGGGACAAUUUUUUGGCCAUCUCUACCAAUUGUUCUAUGACCAUGCGUUGCCCACAAGAUAUGCGUGGACUAUCUUUCUCACCUUCUGGGCUUUCCAGGUUUUGUUCUACUACACGCUGCCAGGCGUCUGGACCAAAGGACAGCCCUUGACUCACCUGAAGAAUAAGCAAUUGCCAUACUAUUGUAACGCUAUGUGGACCUUGUACGUGUCGACGGCUUUAGUGGUCACUUUGCACAUCACUGGGAUCUUCAAGCUCUACACUAUCAUCGAUAUCUUUGGUCAGAUCAUGACAUGUGGGAUCUUCUCCGGUUUCAUCUUCUCGAUUGUUCUGUACUUGUGGACUUUAUUUGUCACCGGUGACUACCACAGAAUGACCCGCAACCAUUUGUACGAUUUCUUCAUGGGUGCGCCUUUGAAUCCGCGCUGGGGGAUCCUGGAUUUGAAAAUGUUCUUCGAAGUCAGAUUGCCCUGGUUUACGCUGUUCUUCAUUACGUUGGGCGCCUGCUUCAAGCAGUAUGAGAAGUACGGCUACGUUACUCCACAACUGGGUGUUGUCAUGCUAGCUCAUUGGCUGUAUGCCAACGCAUGUGCCAAAGGCGAGGAGCUCAUCGUUCCCACCUGGGACAUGGCGUACGAGAAAUUCGGCUUCAUGUUGAUCUUCUGGAAUAUCGCCGGUGUGCCAUACACCUACUGCCACUGUACGCUGUACCUCUACUACCACGACCCCUCCGAGUACAAUUGGUCAAAGGCCUACAACAUUUCACUAUACGUCAUUCUAUUGGUCGCUUACUACUUCUUUGACACCGCCAAUGCGCAAAAGAACUCCUUCAGGAAACAGAUGGCCGGCGACAAGCGUAUCAGGAAGACUUUCCCCUUUUUGCCGGGCCAAAUCCUGAAGAAUCCCAAGUACAUGGUCACCAAGAGUGGCUCUUACCUUUUGAUCGACGGUUGGUAUACAUUGGCCAGAAAGAUCCACUACACUGCUGACUGGACCCAGUCGCUCGUCUGGGCCUUGUCGUGCGGAUUCAACUCGCUCUUCCCAUGGUUUUUCCCCAUCUUCUUCUUUGUCGUUCUUGUCCAUAGAGCUGCAAGAGACCAAGAAAAGUGCAAGAAGAAGUACGGGGCUGACUGGGAUGAGUACUGCAAGCAUUGCCCUUACACCUUCAUCCCAUAUAUAUACUGA